AUGAGGGUAAGAGACACAGUACUCGAUCUUCACAGUGUUUUGUGUACCUUCCUUCUUGUGUUGGCUCUGAUCUUCAUCAAGAUCUUUCACAGACUAUGGUGGACUCCAACCCGCACACAGAAAUUCUUGGCUUCUCAAGGCAUCAGAGGUCCUUCUUACAAACUCAUCCAUGGAAACAGCAAAGAAAUCAGCAACAUGCAAAUGGAAGCCAUGAGCAGGCCUGUACUGAACUUAUCACAUGAUGUCCUAUCUGCAGUUCAACCUCACAUUCACUCAUGGACCAAGAGCUACGGGAGGAAUUAUGUACAAUGGUAUGGCCAUCAACCAGUUUUGGUCAUUACAGAACCUGAGUUAGCGAAGGAGAUACUCAACAACAAAGAUAGGUGUUUUUUAAAACAGAAGCUCAAUCCAUAUGGGAAGAAGCUAUUGGGAGACAGCAUUUCCAUAACAGAAGGUGAAAAAUGGUCAAAAUUGAGAAAGCUUUCCAACCAUGCCUUCCAUGGAGACAGCUUAAAAAAUAUGAUUCCAGACAUGAUAGCUAGUGCUGAGACGAUGCUCGAAGGGUGGAAAAAGCAUGAAGAAAAAGAGAUCGAGGUGUAUGAACAUUUUAGGUUAUUCACUUCUGAAGUGAUUUCAAAGACAGCAUUUGGUAGCAGCUAUUUGGAAGGGAGAGAUAUUUUUGACAUGUUGAUGAAGUUAAGCUCCUUAAUAUUCAGAAAUAAUCGCAAACUAAGGGUUCCUGGCAUCAGCAUGUUGUAUAAAACAAGUGAUGAGAAAGAAUCAGAGAAGCUUGAGAAGGGAAUCAAGGACACCAUUUUAGAAAUUGUUAAGAAAAGAGAAGGGGAGGCUGUGACUGGAGAAGAAGCCAGCUUUGGGACUGAUUUUCUUGGAGUACUUUUGAAGGCUCACCAUAAUGCUGAUAAUAAACAGAUGAUUUCGGGGAACGAAUUGGUUGAGGAGUGCAAGACAUUUUACUUUGCUGGACAAGAAACCACUAACUCUUUGCUUGUUUGGACUGUCUUUCUUCUGGCUCUCCAUCCGGACUGGCAGGAGGAAGGGAGAAAGGAAGUCCUGCAGUUAUUCGGCAAACAACCUCCAAGUCCUGGUGGCCUUGCCAAACUGAAAACAAUGAGUAUGAUCAUCAAUGAGUCUCUGAGGCUAUAUCCUCCAGUUAUAAGCCUCAUACGAAGAGUGGAUAAGGAAGUUAAAUUGGGAAACCUCACUGUUCCUUCUAAUGUUGAAAUACUUGUCCCAAAUCUAGCACUUCAUCAUGAACCUCAGUUCUGGGGACAAGAUGUGAAUGUUUUCAAACCGGAUAGAUUUUCCGAAGGUGUUGCUAGUGCUACUAACAACAACAUUGCUGCAUUCUUACCCUUUGGAAUGGGACCUAGAACUUGUGUUGGUCUCAACUUUGCUACCAUAGAAGCAAAGAUUGCUCUUUCAAUGAUUCUUCAACGCUACUCCUUCACCCUUUCCCCAGCCUAUGUGCACUCCCCCAUUCAGUUUCUCACAGUUCGUCCACAGCAUGGACUUCAAGUUAUUUUACACUCACUCUGAGCAGCGAAGACCAUAAUUCUCCAUAAAAUCUUACAUUCCAU